AUGACUUUCAAUCCAAGGAAGAACCCAAACUCUCUGCAUUCUGACGGUUCAGGCACAGUAUUGACGGUUACCAAAACGUAUAAUCCUCAAUUAAUCCGUUUUGUCUUCAAUGGCGAAGUACAGACAAUCUCAAGUUACCGAAGGACAGUCAUCGAUGAAACCCAAAGCGAGAAUGGGCAAUUCACAGAUCAGUAUCGAUUCGAGGGACUGAAAAAGACUGAUACACCAACUGAGUGGUUGUCUUACUGUCAGUCGCAACGAUCAGGGAUUGACGAAGCGAUAUCUCAUGCUCAUAAGGCUCUGAGAUGGGUUGAAAGUGAUCAGCAAUCAUCCGUAGGUGGAGAAAUUCCCUGGGAGACAACAGAUAAUGUUCAGGGAACGAUCGCUUGGAGAUCUAUUGAGAAGACCCCCAAUUUACCAUCUUUCGAUCGGUCUGAAGCUGAUAGAUUCAUCGUCACAUGGGAGAAACCUAGGUGGCCUGGAGCGGGCGGCAAACUCGAAAGUGUAAAUGCAGUUGGGGUGUUCAAGUAUCGGGAGCUGGAGAGUUUAUCGAGGAACCCACCUGAAAUGAUGCUAGGGGUCAAUCCCGAAAUGUGGAACGAACUAUUCCAACAUGUCAGGAACGAAGUGUACCAGUCUUCUGACCUCCUUGUACGACAAGAACCCGGUGGAGUUCCCCAUUCCGCCCUGAAAGACAGUAGAAAGGCUGGCACGUCGACAGUAGUCGAACGCCGACGGAAAUCGGUCUCCUGGCCUGAAAAUCUUCACGAGCCGGAAUAUCGUAUUGGUCAGGGUUGCGCUCAACGAAGUACAGUAGAUGAUCGAAGCAAUGGAUUGCAGGAAAUACGAGACUUUAUGGACAAGAUGUGGAAAAGCAGUGGGAUCAAUCUGGAUGAGCAAUAG